AUGCCAAUGGUGUUGUGUGCGACGAGAGGGUCGGCCGACACUCCGGCCAACUGUACGUAUGAAGACAUUCGCGGCGUUUGGCAGUUCUCAGAGUCCGAGCGCUCCAACGAUAAGACAGAGAUCUGUAACGGCAGUCAGAUUUUGGUCAAUAAAGUGAAGUUUGAGUUAUUGUUCCCAAACAUCGCGGUCGACGAGUUGGGCAAUAAAGGCAUUUGGACAGUGGUUUACAAUCAGGGCUUUGAAGUAAUCAUAAAUUACCGCAAAUACUUUGCCUUCUCGGCGUACUCUGCGAGCGGCCACAAUGUGACCAGUUAUUGUCAUAAGACACUACCAGGGUGGUCUCACGAUGUGUUGGGCCACAACUGGGCCUGUUUUAAGGGACAGAGGGUUAGCGGAAGUCAGGAGCCCAAGACAUACACUCGCAAACUGAGGGCACCGUUGGGUAUAUUCUGGCAAAACCAGUUGGCUAUACAAGAGAUGAAUACAAUGCAAACCCUAUGGACGGCCAAACAUUACCCGCGUUUGGACGGAAAGUUCAUGAAAGACAUUCAUAACAUGAAAGGCGGAUCCAAAUCGCGAAUUAUAAGCCCUCCAUCACCAGCGCCUGUAACCGCUGAAAUACGUCGACAGGCCGCCCAACUUCCCGACCAUUUUGACUGGCGCAAUGUGAGCGGGGUUAAUUACGUGUCACCCGUUCGUAACCAGGGAUCGUGCGGUUCGUGUUACGCCUUCUCGUCGGUGGGUAUGAUUGAGGCCCGACUCCGAGUGGCCACUAAUAACACCGUACAGGAGAUACUAUCGCCACAGGAUGUGGUCAGUUGUUCGGAGUACGCACAGGGAUGUGACGGUGGCUUUCCAUACCUUAUAGCCGGCAAAUACGGCCAGGAUUUCGGUUUAGUGGACGAGUCGUGCUAUCCAUAUGUGGGCACUAACGGCAGGUGUGAGGAGAAGAGGUGUCUCCGCCACUACACGGCUCAGUACGACUACGUGGGCGGCUAUUACGGGGCCUGUAAUGAGGAGCUGAUGCGUUUGUCUUUGGUGAAGAGGGGCCCCCUUUCCGUCUCGUUUGAAGUGUACGACGACUUCAUGUCGUACGCCAGCGGUAUCUAUAAGCACACGGGUGUCACCCAUAAUGGGCUGCGAUUUGAUCCGUUUGAGAUAACUAACCACGCGGUGCUGGCCGUCGGCUAUGGCGUGGAAAACGGUCAGAAGUAUUGGAUCGUUAAGAAUAGUUGGGGCGCCGGUUGGGGAGAGAGCGGCUACUUUCGCAUCAGUCGCGUUUCCCAGUGCGGAGUGGGCGCCGACACACCGGCCGACUGUAGGUAUGAGCAAAUCCGUGGCGUUUGGGUCUUCUCGGAGUCCGAGCGGACGGCCGACCGGUCGGAGAAGUGUGACGGAUCUCAACAUCUGGUCAAUAAAGUUAGGGUUGAAUUGCAAUAUCCAAACACCGCUGUCGACCAGUUUGGCAAUAAAGGCACAUGGACUCUAAUCUAUAACCAGGGCUUUGAAGUGAUCGUUAAUAAUAGGAAAUACUUUGCGUUUUCAAACUACACUCAAAAGGGAUCAGUUGUGACGAGUUAUUGUCACCAAACGAGUCCCGGAUGGUCGCACGACGUGUUGGGUCACAACUGGGCCUGUUAUACAGGGGAGAGGGUUACCGGCGAUCGCACACCCAAUACACACAUCGAUAGGACUGCCAAACAAUUAGACGGUGUCUUCACUCAAAGCCCGGACGCCAUUCAAAAGAUUAAUGCAAUUCAAAAGUCGUGGACCGCAAGACAUUACCCGCAGUUUGAGGGCAUGUCUCGCACAGACAUGUAUCUCAUGUCAGGCGGACCCAAAUCACGGAUAUUAAGCCCUCCAUCGCCAGCGCCGGUGACACCCGAAGUGAGCCGAUUGGCCGCACAAUUGCCCGACCAUUUCGAUUGGAGAGACGUUAACGGCGUUAACUUUGUGUCUGAUGUUAGAAAUCAGGGCGGUUGUGGCAGUUGUUACGCAUUCGGUGCCAUCGGUAUGAUUGAGGGCCGACUCCGAGUGCUGACCAACAACACCGAAGCGGUGGACCUCUCGGAACAGGAUGUGGUCAGUUGUUCAGCCUAUUCGCAAAAGUGUGAUGGUGGGUUCCCUUAUCUAAUUGCCGGCAGAUAUGGACAAGAUUUUGGUCUGACUCUGGAGUCGACUGUCCCCUACACCGGACGCAACGACAAGUGCGCGACCAAAGCCACGGCUGAGCGCUAUUACACGGCUGAGUACCACUACGUGGGCGGCUAUUACGGCGCCUGCAAUGAGGAGCUGAUGCGAUUGGCCCUGGUCAAUAACGGACCACUAGCCGUGUCGUUUGAGGUGUACGGCGAUUUUAGUGGCUACCAAGGUGGCAUUUAUAAACACACAAAAGUCAGUCUAUCGGACUCUAACGCCGAGUUUGAUCCGUUCGCCAUCACUAACCACGUGGUGACGAUUGUCGGCUACGGAACCGAUGACAAGACCGGUCAGAAGUAUUGGAUCGUUAAGAAUAGUUGGGGCGCCGGUUGGGGUCUUAAGGGCUAUUUCCUGAUCAGUCGCGGCAAUAAUGAGGCCAAUAUUGAAAGGUCAAUAUCGACUAACUAUGGGAGCACUGUAUUUGGCAUUCAAUUGUGUGACAACAAAGUGAAACAAACUAUGUUGAAGACAAAUCACUGUUUGGUGGCCCUAUUGGUGGCCGUCGUAUGUGUGGGCGAACUCACGGCCGACACACCCGUCAACUGUUCGUACGAAGAGAUUCGCGGCGUUUGGGAGUUCUCAGAGUCCGCCCGAACCGCCGAAAGGACAGAGGUUUGCGACCCGAAGGUUGGCUUCAAAGUGGCCAAUAAAUUCAAAGUCACUCUCCUUUAUCCCAAUAUCGCCACCGAUGAGUUUGGACACAAUGGCACGUGGACACUGGUCUACAACCAGGGCUUUGAGGUUAUCAUUCAUAACCGAAAGUACUACUCCUUCUCGGACUACACCCAAAAGGGAAAUGUUGUGACCUCGAUAUGCAACCGAACCACACGUCAGGGACCGGGCGGUUGGUCUCACGACGCGCUCGGCCACAACUGGGCCUGUUAUUCGGGCCAACGGCUGACCGGUCCGCACGCCGUCAAGACACACACCAUCGAUGACGUGGAAGCGUUCAGCGCCGGUGUCUUCACGCAAAACCCCGAUGUCGUCGAUAAAAUUAACGCCGUUCAGAGCUCGUGGACCGCCAAACACUACCCACAGUUUGAGGGAAAGUCACUGAAAUACAUGCAUCACAUGCACGGCGGACCCAACUCUAGAAUCUUCAAUUACCCAUCGCCAGCACCCGUCACACCCGAAGUACAGGCACAGGCCGACGCACUUCCCGAGAGUUUUGACUGGCGAAAUGUCAGCGGGGUCAGUUACGUGACAUCCGUUAAGGAUCAAGGUGGUUGUGGCAGUUGUUACGCCUUCGGUGCGUUGGGUAUGAUUGAGGGCCGACUGAAACUGGCGACUAACAACACCGAGUCCAUCGACCUGUCCGAACAGGAUGUGGUCAGUUGUUCGUUGUACAACCAAGGUUGCGCCGGUGGUUUCCCCUAUUUGGUUGCGGGUAAAUACGCGCAGGACUAUGGCGUUACUUUGGAGAAAAACAACCCAUACAAGGGCUCGGACACCAAGUGCUCGACCCCAGCGGGAGCUGAGCGUAUAUAUGCCGCCUCUUAUGGCUAUGUCGGCGGUUAUUACGGCGGCUGUAAUGAAGAGCUGAUGCGGAUCUCGUUGGUUAGAGACGGACCGCUGGCCAUAUCAUUCAAGUACGGCAUGUUUGACGACUUUGUGUCGUACGGCUCCGGUAUAUACACACCGACUGAAGUGAAACACGACAUCAACGGAGAGUACAACCCCUUCAUUGAGGUGAACCACGCGGUGCUGAUCGUCGGUUACGGCAAAGACGCCAAGACUGGUAAGAAAUACUGGAUCGUGAAGAACAGUUGGGGCGCCUCCUGGGGUGACCAUGGUUACUUCCAGAUUGAACGUGGUGUCAACUCCAAGGGUGUUGAGAGUAUUGCCGUCGAGGCCAUUCCCAUCCCCUAUUAAAUGUUUGAUUAUGGUUUUAAUACUGUAUAAUGUGUUGAAUGUUGUCCAUAAAGUUGUAAUAAACUAUAAAAUGCUGACAAUUACUGUAAUAAAUGUUCAAUAAAUAUAAAUUCAAUUUAUAAUUAAUGUUUUAAUUAAAAGAAA